CGUAUUCAGUAGGCGGUGCUAAACAAAGAUGGCGGUAUCCACGAAGCGUCUCAUGGAGGGGAGCAAAAAAAGCGUGCAGGUUAUCGAAAAGAGAGCAGGGAUGGAGAAGAAAAAGACAACAGUCAAGAAGAGGAGUUUACAGGAGGAGGAGGAUCAGCUCAUCAACUUCAGCAAGGAACCUGUUAAUGAGGACGAUGCCGAUCUAUCAGACAGUGAGGACAGUGUCUACUCUGGACUGGAGGAUUCUGGGAGUGACUCAGAAGAGGAGGAGGAGGAAUCAGAUGAGGAGGAGGGAUCAGAUGAUGAUGAUGCAGAUGAAGAUAAUGAGGAGGAUGAGAGUCAACAGACAGAGGUAAAGAAGAGUAAGGAAAAAGAAGAGGAGAGUGAAGAAAAGGAAGUAAAGAGAGCAGACGAGUAUCAACAUGACAGCUCAGAUGAGGAGGACAUCAGAAACACAGUGGGCAACAUUCCCAUGGAGUGGUACAAAGACUUCCCUCACAUUGGCUACGAUCUGGAUGGGAAAAAGAUCUUUAAGCCAAUUAGGAACAAGGAUGAGCUUGAUGAGUUCUUGGACAAAAUGGAGAAUCCUGAUUACUGGAGAACGGUCCACGACAAGAAGACAGCAAGUGACAUCGUGCUGUCAGACGACCAGAUCGAGCUGGUGAAUCGUCUGCAGAGAGGACAGUUUGGGGAUGUCAACUUCAAUGAGUAUGAGCCCACUGUGGAGUUCUUCAGUAAAGAUGUCAUGAUUCAUCCAGUCACAAACAGACCUGCAGACAAACGCAGCUUCAUCCCAUCAUUGAUUGAAAAGCAGAAGGUGUCCAAACUAGUGCAUGCUAUCAAAAUGGGUUGGAUUAAACCUCGACGGGUAGAGGAUGACAGCAGAGGGCAUUAUUACGACCUGUGGGCUAGUGAGGACACUUCUAUUUUAGCCAGGCACAAAAUGCACCUUCCAGCCCCUAAAACCCGUCUGCCUGGUCACGAGGAGUCCUACAACCCCCCACCUGAGUACCUGUUCACAGAAGAGGAGCAAGCUCUGUGGGAUCAGCAGGAUCCGUUGGACAGGAAGCUGCCUUUCAUUCCCAAGAAGUUCUCCAGUCUUCGUCAGGUUCCAGCGUUUUCUCGGUUUAUCCACGAGAGGUUUGAGCGCUGCCUUGAUCUUUACCUGUGUCCCCGACAGAGGAAGAUGAGGGUGAACGUGAAUCCUGAAGAUCUGAUUCCAAAACUUCCCAAACCAAAAGACCUGCAGCCUUUCCCGACAACUCAGUCUCUGGUGUAUCGAGGUCACAGUAGUCUGGUUCGGUCCAUCAGUGCGUCUCCUUCAGGACAGUGGCUUGCUUCAGGCAGUGAUGAUGGCACCGUCAGGUUGUGGGAGGUGUGCACAUCUCGCUGUUUGAAAACGGUCCAGGUGGGCGGAGCUGUGAAGAGCGUGGCGUGGAACCCCAACUCGUCUUUCUGUCUCCUGGCUGUUGCCGUGAACUCGGAGGUCCUGAUUUUGUCUCCUGGUCUGGCAGACAGACAGGUCAUCUCAUCGUCAGAGCGACUUCUCGCUGCUGAACACGAGGAGGAGCCAUCAGAGGCGUCGGGCACUGUCGUCUGGUCUAACACUGAGGGGGAGGAGCUAAAUCACGGCAUUCGUCUCAAAAUCCAACAUCCUAAAGCUGUCCACCAGGUGACGUGGCAUACUAAAGGAGACUACCUGGCGACGGUGAUGCCUGACCACUCGAGCCACCUGCAGGUGUUCAUUCACCAGGUGAGCCGAAGGCGGAGCCAGAAUCCUUUCAGGAGGAACAAAGGGCUUGUCCAGUGUGUAGCCUUCCACCCUAUCAGGCCCUACUUUUUUGUGGCCACCCAGCGUUCUGUCAGGAUCUACAACCUGGUCAAACAGGAAAUGACCAAAAAACUACAAGCCAACUCCAAGUGGAUCUCUAGCAUAGCCAUCCACUCUGGGGGUGAUCAUGUGAUCUGUGGGAGCUACGACUGCAGGCUGAGCUGGUUCGACCUCGACCUCUCAACGAAACCCUACAAGUUGCUGCGACACCAUAAGAAGGCGGUGAGGAGUGUGGCCUAUCACAGAGGUUACCCACUGUUUGCCUCGGCAUCAGAUGAUGGAUCAGUGAUCGUCUGUCACGGGACUGUUUACAACGACCUGCUGCAGAACCCGUUGAUAGUCCCUGUAAAAGUUCUGAGAGGUCAUGCAAUCACUCAUGACCUUGGUGUUCUGGAUGUGACCUUUCACCCCACACAGCCCUGGGUCUUCUCCUCCGGGGCUGACGCCACCGUCCGACUCUUCACCUAACGAGCUGCUCUUUAUGUU